AUGAAGAUCAUCAUCGUUGGCGCUGGUCCAGCCGGACUCGCAGCAUAUUUACAUCUCAAGAAACAUCUUCGCCUUUCACCGGAUAAUUCAAGUCAUCAGCUUUCAAUAUUUGAAUCUCAUCGAAGUAACAUCAAUGUUCAAACCUCGUCACUUGCAGAGCUGAAUGCAUCUACAGCCCUUGUGGGAGGAGGGUUAGGGGUUGGACCAAAUGGCAUGCGUGUAGUUCGGAAAUUGGACCCUCAGAUCCAUGAUAGGCUCGAGAAUGAAGGAUUCGUCUGUGAUAAUUUCACGUUCCGAAGUGCCAGAGGGUUUGUGCUGGCUACAACACCGGCUACUGAUCGAAAAGAGCUACCGGAGCAUUGCGUGAGCAUUGCGAGACAUACUGUUUGGGAAUGCCUCAAGGAUGCCGUUGGAGAGGAUAAUAUCUCGUUUCGAAAGGUCUCUGGAGCGUAUCGGAAUGAAGCUGGAAAACCAUGCAUCAAGUUUGCCGACAAAGGGGAGGAUGAGCAGGCAGAUCUCAUCAUUGGAGCCGAUGGAGUCUGGAGCAAGGUCAAGGACGCUGCUCUCGAAGGCAUCGAAGACAAAGGCCAAUAUGAUGCUGUCUCGGAGGGCCUUCUCGGUGUUGGCGGCUUCGUCGAGAUGCCACUGCCAGACCAUGUCCUCCGUGACAAAACUCUGUGUUUUACAUUUGGGCGCAAUGGCUUUUUUGGCUAUGGUUCGCACCGUCCAGCUAAUCAAAACCAAAUGAUGUGGUGGAGCACCUAUCAGGACGACUCCUUGCCUGACAAGAAAGUUAUCGACCGUGAUCGAAUCCUCGAGGAGCUGAGGAAACGGCAUCAAGACUGGAAGGAUCCGGUAAUUCACGAUAUCAUCAACAAGGUUCAGGUUGACAGUGUGUACCCAACAUGGACUCUCCCAGAGCUGCCUACCUGGGGCGGAAAUGGCUUUAUAUUGAUUGGCGAUGCUGCACAUGCUUUACAAUCGACUUCUGGUCAGGGCGUUAGCCAAGCCUUGGAAGACUCAUUGACGCUGGCGCUCCUUCUCAGAGGAUUUCUGCAGAAAGCUGCAUCCGGCAGCAUGACUGAAGAAGAAGCAAUUGACCGGACCGCAAAGACGCUGUACCAAAUUCGCAAUCCACGAGUCCAGAAGAUCGCAGCAUUCGCCGCCCAGUCUGCAAGUGGCAAGCGAGAACUCACCCUGGUGGCAGAGUUUAUGAUGUGUUUUUUCCUCGGACUCAUAGGCAAGUUCCCAUCUGUUGGUAAAUUGUUACUGGGCAACUAUAACAACGAAUUAUACGACUGGGACGCCGAGAAGCUUGUCGAGGAAGCUCUGAGUCUGCAAUAA